AUCCUCUGGGACACCCUGAGUCUCUGUCUCCUGCUCCCUCCCUCUGUGCGAGUCUCUGAGAGGCUGUGUCUCUCUGUGUCUGCCCGUCCCUCUCCGUCUCUGUGCCACCGUGUCUUUCAGUGUGGCAUGUGUAUCUGUGUCACUGUUGUUCUUGUCCUCUCCUGGCCGGUACCUCCCUUUCUCUGUGUCUUUCUGCCUCUCUGCCCUGGGCUCGCUUCCUCUGUGUGUUCUCAGUGGGGUGUGCAUUUCUGCACGUGUGUGUCUGACCUUCCUGCUCUCUCUGCCCUGUGCCUGCGUGAGCGCCCCAGUUUCAUUCUUUUUCCUUGUCCCAUGGUGCGUGUCUCUCUUCCUCUUGGUGUCACUUUCUGUGUUUACGUGUGUGUGUCCACGUCUUCCUGUUCUCUCUCUGCUUGUUUCUCUCUGACUCUCUCUUCCCCCACCCCCCGCCCCAUCUGUUUGUAGCUGCGUCUGUCCGGCACAGCAGCGGAUGUGAGGGUGAUUCAGGGCUGACAGGAAGCCUGCCACCCUGCCUGCUGCCCGCUAGUGUGUGUGGCAUUGGCAUCAGCUUGGGCAGGUUUGUGGACUCAGGAUGAGAAGCCCUUGACCUUCAGCCUUGCAGGAGGAUUCACCAGGAGCAGACAUGAGCGUAGGGACGGAGUUGCUGUGGCCUGGGGCAGCACUGCUGCUGCUGGGGGCCACGGCCGGCCUGUGUGUGCGCUGCUCCCGCCCAGGUGCAAAGAGGUCGGAGAAAAUCUAUGAGCAGAGAAGUCUGCAGGAGAGUCGGCGGAGCUUUGCAGUGGCCCAGACCUAUUCCUUGGUUGGACAGCCAUGGUCAGGGCCUCUGGUGGACACAAUCUCUGACGUGGGACCCAUGAGGAAGGACAAGCUGCUGGAGUUCUCCCCCAGCUUGGAGGAUCCUACAUCCCCCAGGUACCAGAACUUCAGCAAAGGAAGCAGACACGGAUUGAAUGCAGCCUACAUAGACCCCAUUGCUGGGGACUACUGCAGCUGGGAGCAGUUCCCAGAGGCCUCAGAAGACAACGAUGAUGCCAAUUCCUAUGAGAACGUGCUCAUCUGCAAGCCCAGAACCCCAGGACCAGACACUGAGGAAUCUGAAGAUUAUCAGAACUUGGCAUCCAUCCAUCAGUGGCAGGAGUCCAGGAGGGCUGUGGAGCAAGUCUGGAGCAAAGCACCGCCCUCCCCAGGAAGCCCAGAUGAGGAUGGAGAUCCAGAUUAUGUGAACGGGGAUGUGGAGGCCAGGGAAGCCUAGGUAAGGCCCUGAAGGAAGAGCCAAGGCAAGGAGCCUAGAGGACCACCAUGCUCACGGAACUGUUGGUCACCUUCCAAGGAUCAUUUUCCACAGCUGCUCAACUUUGAGGCUCCUGCCAUGGCUAUUCUUGGGACACCACCCCCUCCUGAGGACCACCCAUCUAUGGGGGUGCAACCUGGGGAAGGAUAGUUACUUGUAGAAUUGCCAAAAAUACAGCCCACCACUGUCCCUGAGGCCCCAACCCAGGCUCUCUUGGGACAGGGUGAGCUCUUGCUUUGGUGGGGUGCCUAGGAUUUAGGGCAAGCUGUAGCCCUGUUCCCUGUAUCUCAAACAUGUGCAACACUGAUAGUUUUGUCCUUUUUGCUUUGGAUUUGAAUCCCAAGUUGUUAGGAUUUUUAAUGACUGAUAAUCUUGUACAGUUAAUUUAUAUAGGUAGUCAUAUUUAAUAUUCUGAAUUUCAGGGUAGACUUAAGCAUUACAGGUAGUUACCUAACACCCCGGUUAGGCAGAAUCCUGGGUCUCCCUCUGUCCCUUAGUGGAGACCUCCCCUUUCUUUAAGCCUCAGCCUGCUUGGGAAAUAAAACUAUAUAGCCACCCAUAUGACCCAUCUGUGGAAAUGCUAUCUGCUGUGCACAACAGUCUGGAGAAGUGGCAGUCAGAGAACAACCAAAGACCCCCCAACCAGGAGAGCAGCCCGCUCCCUGCCCGGAAUCCUCCUCUGCCCCAGGCCCUGAUCAGGCAGCAGCACAACCAUCUCAAAGGAGGGGCAGGGACCCAGAGGGAGCUUCUGAGUUAGGACACAAUGCCUCCUCCCACCGAAAGAUCUCAAUAAACCAUUUUAAUUAAGGGUAGCAAUUCUCCUGGGUCUGCUUUCCCCCCUGCUUCAGGUAAAAAACUUUUUGAGGGAAUGAAGAUGAAACUUCUUAUUGCACAGAAAGGGACCCUGAGGCCAGAGAGGAAGGUCCUGGGUACAGACCUCCUCCCAAGAUGACAUGAUUUCUCCCAUGAGAAAUUAAUGCCACAUGUUAGAAAAUUAGGGAAACACCUAGAGCCCAACUCUUGUUACUUCACACCCUAAAGUUCUGACCUCAUAAGCUCAGAGACAAGAACCUCUACUGUGAGCUCCAGGCUGAGCAGAGGUGUGGGCAGGUGGGGGCAUGCCAGCACUAGAGAGAAAACACAGGGGCAAUCUUGCCUUUGCUGUCCCCAGUUGGGGGAACCAGAUGGCUCUCUAGGCCCACUGUCCUUACCUGCAAAUUGGGGGUAUAACCAUCCCUUUACCUAAUGAGGAUUAUGAAGGUCCAGGUAACAACAUUGAGAAGGUAUAUACUAUGCUUUGUGGUUUACAAGGGCUUUAAUAAUUUUUUUUUGGAGACAGAGCCUCACUUUGUCACCCUCAGUAGAGUGCUGUGACGUCACAGCUCACAGCAACCUCCAGCUCUUGGGCUUAGGUGAUUCUCUUGCCUCAGCCUCCAGAGUAGCUGGGACUAUAGGCACCCACCACAACACCCAGCUAGUUUUUCUGUUGCAGUUUGGCCGGGGCCGGGUUUGAAUCCACCACCCUUGGUAUAUGGGGCCGGCAUCCUACUCACUGAGCCACAGGUGCUGCCCAGGGUUUUAAUAAUUUUAAAUGUCUUUGUCUUAACUGAAAACUUAACUCAAAAAGCUGGUAACCCUAGAGACUUUUCUGUGUCUGAAUAGUGUCCCUAUUCAAACGUGGUCUGGGUGGGAGACUAAUAUCACUUGGAAAGGCCUGCCCAACUGCUCUGUGUUCAGAUCAGGUCAGAGAGACAUCUGGAACCCAUGAAAGGGCUGGAGUGAAUUUAAGAGGAUGAGACAGGCAGGGGCAGCCACAGCCCUGUGGCCUUUCUUCUAGGAGUCCACUAGAUACACGUUUAAGGCAAAGCUCUCCACCCAGGACCACCACUCACAGAAGUAGUCAUCCCCACCCACUAAAGUUACCAUCCUAAAACGAUACCUGGGUAUUGCUUCAGAAGAAUCCAAGGAGGGUGGUAGCAAGAAAUAAACAUGGCCCUGUGUGGAUAACUCUGUGCAAGUGGACAGUGCAAAUUCACCACGUCACUCUCUUUACUCUUAGAAACAAUUGAAAUUUUUCAUAAUUAAAAAAAUAGGAAAAAAAAUAGUACCUUGAAAAAAACAAAAAAGCAAUUCUAGGGGCCGGGCGCAGUGGCUCAUGCCUGUAAUCCCAGCACUCAGCACUCUGGGUAGAUUACCAGA